CGUCAAGUUGUCCGGUCCGCUCGGUGAAGAUGUCUGCGACGGGCUCAGGCGGGCCGGGACCCGGACCCAGCUCAGGGACCGGGUCCGGGACGUCCAACCCGCGGAAGUUCAGCGAGAAGAUCGCGCUGCACACACAGCGGCAGGCCGAGGAGACGGCCGCCUUCCAGGAGGUCAUGAUGGACAUCAGCUCCACCAGGGAAUUGGUCUGGAAACUUCCCCGGGGAUAAAAGCCAGUUUCGUCUCCCCACCACCGCACUAAACAGGACCAACUCCGACUCAGCCCUCCACACCAGCGUGAUGAACCCCCCCACAGGAGACCCCUUCACUAUGGGAGGACCUGCCCUCACCCCCCAGAGUAACAGACGCAGCGGUCAGAGCGACGGAGAGAGCCGAAGAAUGUUUCCGUACCCGGUUCCUCCCAUUGAAGAGAACGUCCUGGAUGAUGACAAAAUGCUGAAACUGUGGGACUCCAACAAGCUGCCCAUGUUGUCAUCCAGACCCAAGUCCUGUGAAGUUCCAGGCAUCAACAUCUUUACGUCUCCUGAGCAGCCGUCCACUCCAGUUCAAGGCGUCCCCCUUGUCCCCAGCACCGGCGGUUCGCUGCCGGACCUGUCCAUCCUCCACUUCCCCUCCCCGCUGCCCACGCCGCUGGACCAGGACGAGCCCGGUUACCCAGGAUCCUCUGCUCUGAGCGGGGGCAGCAGCACUGGAAACCUAGCCUCCACUCUCACCCAGCUGGGCAUUAACAGCACCAACCAAUCAGGAGGCAGUGGGAGCUUCCAGCAGCACACACCUGGACUCAUGGCGUCUCUACAGAGCACGCUCAGUAACCCCAACCUGCAGUCGUCACUGAGCAACCCCAACAUCCAGUCGUCGCUCAGCAGCCACUCCUUCUCUAAUUCUCUAAGCUCCGCCUCCCUGCAAUCAUCGCUCAGCAAUCCAUCGCUUCAGUCAUCGCUCAGCUCCUCCCCCUCCAUGCAGUCCUCCCUCAGCAACCAGUCGCUGCACUCAUCCCUGAGUAACUCCUCCCUCCAGUCAGGCAGUAACUCCAGCUACAGCGGUGGAAUGGGUGGGGCUGGAUCAGGCUCCUCCUCCUACACACAGUUGCUCACCAGUCAGGGCCAAACAUCACUCAGCACAUCGCCACGGAGACGAGCCCAGCUCUCACCGCUCAUCCUGCCCAUGGGGGCGGAGCCACGGAGGCAUCACUCCAAACAGUUCUCCCCCACCAUUUCCCCCACUCUGUCCUCCAUCUCACAGGGCAUCCCAUUAGACACCAGUAAACUGCCUCUGGACCAGCGGAUCCCCCUGUACCACCUCUGCCAGUCCCAACAGCACCAGCCAGGUCUGCCCAGCUCUCAGCCCGGUCAGAAACCCCCUCCUCUGGGUCAGCACCACCAGCCCCGCCUCCAGCAGCCGCGACCCAAUAUGCACCAACAGCAGCUCCACUUGGAGAACCUACGGAACCAGAACCAGCAGCAGCACUUUGGACUGCCUCAAAGGCCGAUGGGACCGCAGGGGAACUCGCUGCAGGUGAACACACCUGUAAAGUCUGAAGACAUGUUGGAGCCGUGUGUCCAGACUUCGUUUUUGUGCCAAGUUAAACAGGAAGUGGAUCAGCAGCGAGCCGGCGGCCCCCUUCACCAGCAGCAGAUCAACCUGACAACAGACUUUUACAACGAUGCCUUGCUCAGCUCCCUGCUGGAUGACCCGUACCUGAGUCUGCAGCUGUCAGGAAAGUCCAACCAGCAGUUCUCAGCUGAGAACCCGACCGACAGUCUGUCCCUGAACCACAGUGGGCUGGGCUACACCAGCACCGACAAGAACCAGUUCCCCCUCAACAGCCAAGGGUCCUUGGAGCUUCAGGAGCCCGGGAACCAUCAUCUGUUCAACAAUCAGAACCAGAACUACAGCGGUGGAGACGGCCGGCACAGCGUGCCCAACAUCAUCCUCACAGGAGACUCCCCCACAGGUCUGUCCAAGGAGAUUGCCAGUGCCCUGUCCCGCGUCCCCGGCUUCGAGAUGGACCCCUUCUCCCUGGACGAGCAGCUAAGGAUGGACCCUCUCUCUCUUGACAUGCUGGAGGGUGACCUGAUGCUCGCCGACCCAGUUGUAGAGGACUCUUUCCGGUCCGACAGGCUCAAAUGACCCCCCUCCCCCUCCCACAUACACACAAAGCAAACAAACUCUGUGAGGAGGUGAAGAAGAUCCACCCCCACC